AUGGUUCUCACGGCUCCUAUCUUCUGGCACUCAGGCCAGCACGUGCAGCCUCACCAGCUUCCCGAUGCAAGGUCAGACCCAAAGGGGCGCACCCUCCUACGCCGCAUGCGGCUUGGAUACGCCGCCAUGAGCGACGAGACCAUGCCUGACCUAAGCUCAGAUCGCAGCUCGGAAAGGACGCAGACACCUGAGCCGGUCGUGGAAAACCCAUUCGACAGCCAGCAGUACACCGACGAUCCGCCAGAGUAUGACCUCGAAAGCCUCGGCCAAGACCUGCCCCCUGCGCUGCCAGGAUACACUCCUCUCCCCGACAGUGCACCCAAGCCAAUUGGGAAGGAGGACCCGGAGCCGAGACAGCGGAGACGAUACCUCUACGUGCUGAAGAGGAGGAUCUCCUCAACCAAGCAACGCUUCAACAAGAGCACCGCCAAGAGCAUCGACGAGGAGUCAAUCAGCUCUGCGGAGUCGGAAAGGGGUGUGGUCAUGUACCAGCAAGACAACCAGUGGGUCAAUGUUGAGGAGGCCAAUAUGAGUACCCCAGAAGAGAAACCGAGAACUGUCAAGGGAUGGAUCCGGAAAGUUUGGAGAUCCAUAAAGGAGUUCUCACGGGAACAUCCGUCAAUCUUCAUCCUAGCGGUGUUCUUGCUUGUCAUUGUGGCGAUAUGUCUCCUGAUAUAG